CUGAUUGGAUAAAAGAUGGCUGGUCGCAAAGUUUUCGGUUAGCAUAAAUAAAUAACAAAAACGUCAAAUUCAUCUAAACCGUAGCCCUGUUUAUCACUUUCAAGUGUAGUGUUUGUGUCAAUUUCUACAGAAAAUUGUCUCCGUGUUCCAAAAUUGUUCAAUGGAAAAGCUGUAAUUGAUUUGUAAACGGACCAUUUGUUUGAACGUUAUUGCAAACAGCUGCAAUUUUCAUCCAGAUCGAACGAGUGCACUAUUUUUAAAGUUGUAUGCUCUCGUUGGGAGCUCUGUUGACAAAAUAUACAUUUGGUGUGAUGAGUAAUUUUCAUCCAAUUUGCAAUGGGUCAGCACCCGAAGGCACUCUCGAAAGAGGAAGCGGUCUGCAUCUGUUUCGCUAUGCCAGUCAAAAUUCGCUGGAUGAAAGUUCGCAGAACAAAGUUCCUCGAUCCAACAAAGACAAAACAACCGGUUCGUACAGGAACAAUCAACAUACGGUCAAAUCGUUUGAUUCAAUGAACGAGAUGAGAAAACAAAAUCUCCUCUGUGAUGUGACACUAGUAGCUGAAGGCAUGGAAAUUUCAGCCCAUAAAAUGGUAUUGGCCUCAUGCAGCCCGUACUUCUACGCAAUGUUCACUGGCUUCGAAGAGUCUCGACAAGAUCGAAUAACACUGCAAGGUGUUGACUACCAUGCACUGCAAUUGCUCAUCGAAUAUGUGUACACAUCACUGGUAGAAGUGACCGAGGACAAUGUUCAAGUCCUUUUGACUGCCGCUAAUUUACUGCAAUUGACUGACGUUCGGGACGCUUGUUGUGAUUAUUUACAGUCUCAAUUGGAUCCGAGCAAUUGUUUGGGAAUUCGUGAUUUUGCUGAUAUGCACGGGUGCAUUGACUUGUUAAACUAUGCUGACAAUUACAUCGAACAACAUUUUGCCGAGGUCGUCCAGUACGACGAAUUCCUAAAUCUAACACACGAUCAGGUUGGAAAUUUGAUCAAAAGUGAUCGCCUUAUGGUUACCAGUGAGGAAAAGGUGUACGAAAGCGUUAUAACGUGGAUUCAAUUCGACUCAACGCUGCGCCAGGACUAUUUAGCCGAACUAAUGGCCCACGUUCGGUUGCCUUUGUUGACACAGGAGUAUUUGGUGACAAGAGUGGAAAAUGAACCGCUACUCAAAGUGGACCUGAUGUGCAAAGAUUUCAUCAUUGAGGCGUUGAAGUACCACUUACUGAAAGGAGAAGCGAAAAAUUCAUUCAAAACGCCGAGAACCAUUCCACGGCAAUCAAUUGGAAUGCCGAAAAUUUUACUCGUUAUUGGUGGUCAGGCACCAAAGGCGAUUCGUUCGGUUGAGUGCUACGAUUUGAGAGAGGAAAAGUGGUACCAAGCAGCUGAAAUGCCUACUCGUCGUUGUCGUGCUGGACUUGCCGUUCUUGGUGAAAAGGUUUAUGCGGUUGGUGGAUUCAAUGGCAGUCUGCGAGUACGCACUGUCGACGUUUACGAUCCUACAACUGAUACUUGGAGUCAGUGCAGUUCCAUGGAAGCGAGACGAUCUACACUCGGUGUGGCAGUUUUGAACGGAUGUAUUUACGCAGUGGGCGGCUUUGAUGGUUCAACCGGGCUCAGCUCAGCGGAAAUUUUUGAUGUUCGUACACAAGAAUGGCGUAUGAUUGCUACAAUGUCAACGCGACGAAGUUCAGUGGGUGUUGGUGUUGUGAACAAUUUGUUGUAUGCCGUGGGAGGCUAUGAUGGUGCGUCGAGACAGUGCUUGAGCACUGUGGAACGUUAUAACAGUGCGUCGAACACUUGGUCACAAAUCGCCGAAAUGACAGCUAGACGAAGCGGAGCUGGCGUCGGAGUUUUGAAUAAUAUUUUAUAUGCUGUCGGUGGUCAUGAUGGUCCGCUGGUUCGGAAGUCAGUCGAGUCCUACAAUCCUGAUACGAAUACGUGGACACCAGUAGCUGAUAUGUCAUUUUGUCGGAGGAAUGCUGGUGUUGUGGCCCAUGAAAAUAUGUUGUAUGUUGUUGGCGGCGAUGAUGGAACAUCUAAUUUGUCUUCAGUUGAGGUUUACUGCCCGGAAACAGACGUUUGGCGAAUUCUGCCGGCAAAUAUGGGAAUCGGACGCAGUUAUGCUGGAGUGUGUAUGAUUGAUAAGCCAUUGUGAAUGGAACAGCAGGGUGCAGCAGCACGGUACGCAAAUUGUGGAGACGACGAAAAUAGUCAAGCAGAAGGAACAACAUCUGAAGGCGCUGUCGGUUAUCAACCAACUGAUGCAAACGCCAACGCUAACAACAACACGUCCAAUCCACAUUACGAAAACAUCUACGAAUCCAUUGACGCUGCUGCUGCUGCUGCCCCUGCGGAAAAUAUUAAUAUUAAUUUGCAACCAAAUGUUCGGCCACAAAAUAACAUUAAUGCUGGCCGUCAUCAGGCCUAUCGAAACGAACUCUAUGACCGGACGGCCGGAUAUGAUGUGCCCAGACAAGUAAUGCGACAGAAUUUCGCAACGAACGGUUCGUCGGCAAAGAGACAUUUGCAUUUGGAUCUCAAUCCGAAUAGGCCACGAUACACCACAGCUAGUCGUCCGCAUCGCCAACGUAGCUUCGACGACACAGAAUCAUAUCAUUACAAUAACUUCAGGUACGAGAACAUCUACGAGCAAAUUCAUGAGGAGCCGAUUUAUCGAAACGCCAGUGCAGCUGGACAAAAUUCUACAAGAUUGUAUAGUAGGCUCGGUGUAAUCGGGCAUGGAGUCGGACGAAUUGAACGACAUUUGAGUUCAUCUUGUGGAAAUAUCGAUCAUUACAAUUUGGGAGGACACUAUGCUGUGCUGGGUCACUCACAUUUGGGAACUGUUGGCCACAUUCGUCUUAAUACCACUGGAGCGGCUCCAAACAAUUCGAAGGAUGCAUCGAACACGAAGAGUUUAAACUUCUUCAGUUGUUUAAGUCGCGAGAAUUCACAAUCCAUGACAAACAUUCAUCGGGAAGCCAGUGCAUCGACUGCAGCAAAUAAUUUUGCUACAUCCGCCAAUUCCUCCUCUUCAGCAUCAGCACCAGCGGCAACAACAGCAAGCUCAAGGCCGACUGGAACCAUACCGAAAACAAAGAUAAAGAACAACCAAAAGUCGGACGCACAAGAAGAAUCUGCUAAGGGGCACGACAGUACUUUAAAUCGUAUUUCGAAGUCAUCGCUACAAUGGCUGCUCGUGAACAAGUGGCUACCGUUGUGGAUCGGCCAAGGACCCGACUACAACAUCCUCGACUUUAAUUUCAUGUUUUCGAGAAAUUGUGGCGGUUGUUCAAAUAACACAGUCAAUCAGGAACAAGGCGUUGUUCGAUUCAACGGUCACGCCGAAAUGCGACCCCGUACCGAUCCUUCGAUUGCUCGGCGUGCAUUCAGUAACGGUGCGUCUGGUCGACCGAUGCGCAUCAAUCAUUCAUUAAAUCGACUGCGAGAAUAUGACCAUCCAGCAAUUCGCAGAGACGGAUCUCUGGAUGAUAGACGACGGGAUGGAGUCUAUGACAGACCCCGACAUCGUGACGAAUAUUUGGAGAGAUCAAUGCGUGCCAGAUCUGAAGGAUCACACGACGGCUCCACAUACUCUGAUCCGUUCAGAAAUUGGGAACUGAACACCGAAAAUAAUUCAUUUCGGCCGGCUGCGAGUGCUGCACGCGGAAUCAGACGCAUCACUGACGGAACAUAUCCGAACAACGGAUCGUCUUCAUCGCCUGCAGUAAGUCGCCAAAAUUCAGCCAAUCAGGAACCUUUACCCCAACAGCAGCAACAACAACAGCCUGCCGCAUCUAAGACGAUGGAGCGUGUGUACAGUCCACGAUUGGUAUUGGAUUCACGUACGGAGAGUGGUAAUGAAUCGCCAUCGCCUGACAUGGGCAGAAGAUAUUCUGACAAUACAGAAGACGAUCAGAAUGACGACGAUAGGGGUGAGAAUAACUCAAAUGAUGAUAAUGAAAAUAGUGUCUAAGGUCCUAAGUUUAAGUUAGUGGCAAUGCAUACAUGAACUGCCAGUUAGCUGUAGUUCAAUAUCCACCAUGGAAAGAUACUUUAUUUUGAAUACGUUACGUAUUAUAGUUUACACUGACGACUAGAGGAGUCAGAAAUAGUUUUUAUUUGUAGGCAGACGUGUGACAAACGAUACUGUUCAACCGACGAAAAUUUUUUACUAGAGAACUUGAUGAAAGUUUAUUGAAUUAUGAAGGUUGUCAGGCCAAUCACUGACGAUUUUCUGGUUAUUUUGAUGUUACCAACGAACAAUAAUGACAUUCUUGUCACAGCUCUCUAAAAGUCAGGCUUCCACCCCUGUUAUAUGCAUCGCAAUCCAAAAUUCUAAAUUUCAUUCCAUUCCGCAAAUUCUAAGUUUAUGGACACUUCUGGAGGUUGCUAACGUUUUUUAAGCCGAACGUCAGACUUUACAAGAAAAGGACUAUUGGAGUAAUUGCUCAAAAUUAUUGGCAAUAUUCACUUUGUCCAUGAUUCGGUUGCUUUCGCACUCUCGUCACAAUAUAAUUGAAUCCCAGAUUGAGAGCCUUUGAUUAGUCCAAUGAAUGCAACGUAAAUUUGUGUCAGUCGAAGAACAUGAAUUGAAAAGACUUUUUCACUGAAACUGCCACACAUGCACAUUAUUAAUAUAAGAUUUGUGACCGCAAAAGUUAGGGUUGUUACUGUUAACAGUUUAAGUUUACGGUUAAGACGAAACAUUUAUUUAUUGAACGACCAUAAAACAAUUGUUUGCUGCAAAAUUUUGAAAAGCCAUUUUUACCAUAAAAUUUCGGCCAUUCCAGCAAUAAAACCAACCAUUACCCAGCAAUUUAGCUUUUAGAAAAGGCGAACAAAAAAUGAAAAAAAAAAUCUUUAGAUCGAAAUCCCAAUGAUGAUCAAAUCACCCACCCGCAUUAGAUUGUUUUAAAGUUAAGUUUUGUGCAAUUUAUACUCUGAAUUUAGUUAUAGGAUAAAAUAUUCGACGAUUUAUGUUUUAAGUCAAACUUUUAGCAUCAUAGUUGUAGCUUCUCAAAUUACUGAUCAACACUUUGAUAUUCCUUGAACAAAAUUCUUUCUUUUAAAUUCCAUGUGAUAAUUUUACCAAUAAAUGUACUAAGUAGUUCAA